GUGUUCCAGAACCAGCCCCGAUUCGACUGGUGAGUGGUUUGAAUUUCUGCUCCAGGACAGUUGAGGUGUUUCAUGAGCAGCAGUGGGGGACCGUCUGUGAUGACAGCUGGGAACUGACAGAUGCUCAAGUGGUGUGCAGGCAGCUGGGCUGUGGCACAGUGGUUUCAGCCCCUGGCUCUGCUCAGUUUGGACGAGGAACUGGCCACAUUUGGCUGGAUGAUGUGAACUGUGCAGGGGCUGAAACCAUCCUCACUGAUUGCUGGGCACGGUCUUGGGGAGACCACAACUGUAACCAUGGAGAAGAUGCUGGUGUGGAGUGCUCAGGUACUGAAAGACCCGAACCAGCUCCCAUCCGGCUCGUGAAUGGUCCAAAUCAUUGUGCUGGCAGAGUUGAGGUGUUCCAUGAGCAGCAGUGGGGAACUGUGUGUGAUGCAUGGGAUACAGCUGAAGCCAGUGUUGUGUGCAGGCAGCUGGGCUGCGGGGCAGCACUGUCAGCCCUGAGUUCAGCUCAUUUUGGGCAAGGGCCUGACCCCAUCUGGCUGGAUGAUGUGAAUUGCUCAGGGAUGAAUGAAGCUGCCCUCUCUGAGUGUAGGGCCCAGUCUUGGGGGUCCCAUAACUGCAAGCAUGGAGAAGAUGCUGGUGUGGUGUGCUCAGGUUCUCUAGAAGUGCCUCCUCUCCGGCUGGUGAAUGGCCCCACUCGUGCCGGGAGAGUUGAGGUGCUUCACAGCCAACAGUGGGGGACAAUCUGUGAUGACAGCUGGGACUUGAGCGAUGCUGCAGUGGUGUGCCAGAAGCUAAGCUGUGGGACGGCCAUGUCUGCCCCAGGUUCAGCUUGUUUUGGGCAAGGUUUUGGCCAUAUCUGGUUGGACGAUGUGAAAUGCUCCA